AUGAGUUUUUCGUAUAUCCGAUUUCCAAAACUCACAAUAACAGACGAAGAACUUCAAAAAAUCGAAUCUUUUCGUCUUUUCGUAACUCAAAUCAUUAGAGAAGAGAAAUUUAUUAUAGAUUUUAAAGGUCAAAAAGAGUUUUCAUCAGAUACAAUAUGCAAAUUCCCAUUUAUUAAGGAUUUGAAGACAGGAUUUACAAUUGUUUUAUCAAAUGAAGAGAAUUCUAUAGAAUAUGCACGAUUAGCGUUACCUGUAUCAUGGUUUGAAAAGAACACUGUAGUCACACAAGAAUUUCACAUGAUUUCAGUUGAAAAGAAUAAAGAAGUCGCUGAUAUUACCGUUCAAGUUCAUAUAAGUGAAAAUGGCUCACUUCCUUAUCAAGCAGAAGAAGGAAAACUACUUGGAGUAUUGACAACAGCUCCUGAUCGCUCUAAUCUCCCUAAUAUUCCUAAUUUUGCGUUCCAAUCUCCUCCACAAGCUCCUCAACCAGUACAACAACAACAAAGACCAACAAUGCAACAAGAACCUCAACAGCCAGCUCCAACACCACAGCAAACCCAGCAAUUACCUCCACAAAAUAUUCCAAAUCAAAAUCAACAGCAACAAUAUCCUGCACAACCUCCAAUGGGUUACAGAGUUGUUAAUCAACCAUAUUUACAGCCAUCUCAGAUCCCACAACAAUACAUUUACCCUGGACAACCUCAAUUUGUCCAACAACCACCUCAAGCUUACAUGCAACCACAGCCAAUGCCUCAGCAAUAUAUACAAUACCCAUAUCCGCAACAACAAAUGCCUCAACAAGGACAAAUCCAACAACCCCAGAUUAUUUACGUACAAGCACCUCCUGGAUACCCAUUUCCCCAACAAGGCUUCAUCCCACAACAGCCCGUACAGCUUCCAAAUGGAACUAUCGCUUACACUUAUCCUUCUCCGUAUCCAACAUAUCCUUACCCACAAAACCAAAUGAAUCAGCAGCAGAACGUUGUAAAACGCAAGAAGAAACGAGUUGUAAAGAAAUCUUCCCAUCAAGAGCCAGCACAGGAAGAAAUUCAAGAACAAGAAAUUGAACAACCAUCAACUCAAGAAAAUCCACAAUGA